AUGACUAGCCCGAGCGCGUCUUCCCCCCCUCGCCUUCUAGACACGUUAAAAGCUGUCGGGUCGAAAGGGUGGAUUUUUAUUUCAAAAUUUUCUUCUUGCCUUCACCAGCGAGUUAAAGUCUGGCUUGAGCUUGUGCGUGUGAAACGAUGCUGAUGAAGUUGGAAAGUAAUGAGCGAGGAUGCUGAAGCUGCCGGCAAGCCCGCUUUGUUCGGAGGAGCGCAAGGCUUUUGUGCCGCUGUCAUCCCGCAGCUCGUCCCCUGCUGCUUUGUCUUCACUUGGCCCUCUGAUACCGAGCGUGAGCAGUGUGGUGUGUCAGUGUUGGACUGCAACCACCAGCAGGAGCAGCAGGAGGUCAGGACCAUGAGUCUGUAUGGGGGCGGUGCCGGGGGCGGCGCGAGAGACAGAGGAGGCGGAGGAGGAGCAGAACAUUAUCGGGAACGACAGCGACGGCGCUCCAGCGAUCGUUCACGUGACUCCUCCCACGAGCGCGGAGAGAGCCAGCUGACGCCUUGCAUCAGGAAUGUUACUUCUCCCACUCGGCAGCACGACCGUGAACGUGGCGAAGGAGGCUCAUCAUCCAGGUCCUCCAGUCCACGCCCUCCCAGGGUUUCUCUUCCCCAUUCCCAUGUAGGACACAUACCUCGGUCCCUGGUUCCUCCUGGAGGCGACCACCGCGCCAAAAUUUUGAGUCAAGGAUCUUCUGAUAUGAUCUACGUGUAUGACCUGAGCAGCAAAGAAGGGCAUCGCAGUGGGCUGAGACUGGGAGAAAGAGUCACACUGAUAGUGGACAAUACAAGAUUUGUGGUGGAUCCUGCUAUAUUCACAGCUCAGCCUAACACCAUGCUGGGCAGGAUGUUCGGUUCUGGGCGGGACAACAACUUCACUCGGCCCAAUGAGAAAGGAGAGUUCGAGGUGGCAGACGGUAUCAGCUCCACUGUCUUCAGAGCCAUCCUGGAUUACUACAAGUCGGGGAUAAUCCGCUGCCCUGACGGCGUUUCCAUUCCUGAGCUGAGGGAGGCAUGUGACUACCUCUGUAUCUCCUUCAACUACAGCACCAUCAAGUGCAGAGACCUCAGCGCCCUCAUGCACGAGCUGUCCAACGACGGAGCCCGGCGUCAGUUUGAGUGUUACCUGGAGGAGAUGGUGCUGCCGCUGAUGGUGGCCAGCGCCCAGAGCGGAGAGAGGGAGUGUCACGUGGUGGUGCUGACUGACGACGAUGUGGUGGACUGGGAUGAAGAGUACCCACCGCAGAUGGGAGAGGAGUACUCGCAGAUCAUCUACAGCACCAAACUUUACCGCUUCUUCAAGUACAUCGAGAACAGAGACGUGGCCAAGUCAGUGCUGAAGGACAGAGGACUGAAAAAGAUCCGACUGGGAAUCGAAGGAUACCCGACCUAUAAAGAGAAGGUGAAGCGCCGCCCUGGAGGCCGCCCAGAGGUCAUCUACAACUACGUCCAGCGCCCCUUCAUCCGCAUGUCCUGGGAGAAGGAGGAAGGAAAGAGUCGCCACGUGGACUUUCAGUGCGUCAAGUCCAAGUCGACCACCAACCUGGCGGCGGCCGCUGCAGACAUUCCGCAGGACCAGCUGGUGGUCAUGCACCCUCCGGGGCCGCAGGUGGACGAGCUGGACACUCUGCCGCAGCCGCCGGGUGCCGGCGACCCCCAGCAGGCGGCGCUCGGGCCGGCUUUUGAAAGCAACGCAGGCCCCCACCUAGCACAGGCCUACGAGGGCCUGAACCAGCAGGCUCACGACGGCUCGAUCCAGGCAGCACACAACCAGCAGCAGCACGCCGGUGGCAGCAGCCACACUCAGGCCACGUACCGCUACGAUCUGGAUCCCGACACGCCGUCGCCCUCUGCAUGAGACGGCCGGCUGCACGCCCCCACCCCCCACCUCUGUGUUCACACCUCCAGCAACAAGCGCUUUCACCGUCACCAACAAAGCUUCUGGCCAUCUGAUCACGGCUGUACACAUGUUGGCACGUAGUCAAGCACACACCCCUGAUUGGCCUCCAGCAGCCAACAAGCACACACAGCUGUAAAGUUUACGUGGCUUGUUGCUUUCAGUGUGAGCACAGACCUUCCCGGUGUCUCCUCCUCCUCCUCCUCUUCCUCUUCUUCCUGAGUGGCAAAACACCAGUUUGCCUUGUGUUGCACCUCUGCUGCAGCCGCUUUCAGGCCACACAGCGUCCGAAUGAACCAGAACUAGAAGCACAUCAGCAAAGCUUCGUCCCCGACUCGGUUUACUCUUUGAUUUACCAACCAAAGGAGAGUUUAGUGGACUUCUGUGUACGUGUGAACGGACAGAGUUCAGUUUUACAUUCCUUACAUUAUAAGGAAGUGUGUGUGUGUGUGUGUGUGUGUGUGUGUGUGUGUGUGUGUGUGUGUGUGUGUGAGAUGCUGUACCUCAGUGGGAAAAGUGGGUUUCAGUGCCUCUGCAUAUUUCUGUGGGGGGCAGUAAUUUGGAUGUGAAAUGUUUUUUUUUCUUGUGUUUUUGAGACGUUUUUUCUUCAGAGGGGUGCACCACGAAGCGAGUUCAGCAUAGCCAGGCUUUCUUUGAGUUAGCAGCCAUUAAAACCCCGCUCAGAGAUGACGGGUGCCAUGAUGCUUCAGGCUCUGUGCACGCUCACGUAAAAGGGGGUGUUGGAUGUGUCAUUUGGCUCUUCCACACAAAUCUGACCCACUCAGCGCCGCUUACUUCACUUAGAGACAUGAUAAAGAGGAUCAGGGGAUAAAUAAUGCGCAUAUAAGGAAACUUAAUAUUUAAUUUAGAUUCUGUGCUGCUGUUUAUUUGUAAUGUGACAGCUGAACAUCAGAAACUUUCAGAUUCCAGAGACGAUACAGCAGAGUUUUUGGAGCUUUGCAGCAGAGCUCCAUUCGAUGGUAAAGAAUCAGUGAAAAUGUGGCACUUCAGCCCGUUUUAAACCUAAACUCUGAGUAUGGCCUCCUCCAGACCAGGUUAUAUGUUCAGCAUCAGUUAAAACACCAGGUUAAAACUGCUCCACCUUUGUUACACUGACUCCAUGUGAAACUUACCUCAGUAACCCAUUCGUUUCGCUUCAUGUGCACCCCUCUGAUGAUUUAGGUCUUCAUUUAAGUCUUUUUAUCUGCUCCACUCCUGAGUCCUGACUGAGGUGCUCCGAAACUCUGCACAGAUCCAUCAUCACUGCUGUGAGCGCACAGGAUGUCCGAAAAGAUGCUGAACACUUUUUUUUUUUUUUU